AUUAGCCAGCCUCGUUGUGAAAACCAGGACAACUCCUCAUCCAGGGAACGAAAAAAAAGAAAAGAAAAACAGGCAGGGAGACGGUGGGGUGGAGUACAGGAAGCUGGUUGAACAUGGGCGAAAUUUAAUCUAAUAACGACAUAAAUCAUAGUUUCCAUUUCUUCCCUAUUUUUACGGAACAAGACUGCGGAGAUUUGUGGAAUUUUUACUGGAUUGCUUUGGAGAUUUAGGCGAACAGCGAGGAGAAGAUGUCUCGGGGAGUGAUCCAGCCCAGCCAGCAGAAACUGGCAGAAAAACUCACCAUCCUCAACGACAGAGGCAUCGGGAUGCUGACCCGUGUUUACAAUAUUAAAAAGCAAGGACAAGUUUGGAAGUUCCCCGGUGUGAGUCAGAGGGCAUGUGGCGAUCCCAAGGCUAAGCCCUCCUAUCUCGUCGAUAAGAACUUGGAGUCUGCGGUUAAAUUUAUUGUCAGGAAGUUUCCUGCAGUGGAGACGCGGAAUAACAACCAACAGCUGGCCCAGCUGCAGAAGGAGAAGUCAGAGAUUCUGAAGAACCUGGCUCUCUAUUAUUUUACCUUCGUCGAUGUCAUGGAAUUCAAGGAUCAUGUGUGUGAGCUGCUGAACACCAUCGAUGCCUGCCAGGUCUUCUUUGACAUUACGGUGAAUUUUGACCUGACUAAGAACUACCUGGAUCUGGUGGUAACAUACACUACUCUGAUGAUAAUACUUUCUCGCAUAGAGGAGAGGAAAGCCAUCAUAGGGCUUUACAACUAUGCCCAUGAGAUGACGCAUGGAGCCAGUGACCGGGAGUACCCCAGGUUGGGCCAAAUGAUUGUGGAUUAUGAGAACCCUUUGAAGAAGAUGAUGGAGGAGUUUGUUCCACAUGGAAAGUCCCUGUCAGAUGCGUUGGUCAGCCUUCAGAUGGUCUAUCCCAGGAGGAAUCUGUCAGCUGACCAGUGGAGGAACGCCCAGCUGCUUUCUCUCAUCUCUGCUCCCUCCACAAUGCUCAAUCCUGCUCAGUCCGACACUAUGCCCUGUGAAUACCUGUCACUGGACACAAUGGAAAAGUGGAUUGUUUUUGGUUUCAUCCUGUGUCAUGUGGCGCUGAAUAGCGACGCAGCAGCGCUGUCUUUGUGGAAGUUGGCUCUGCAGAGCUCCACCUGUCUCUGUCUGUUCAGGGAUGAAGUUUUCCACAUCCACAAGGCUGCUGAGGACCUUUUUGUGAACAUCAGAGGGUACAACAAACGCAUCAAUGACAUCAGGGAGUGCAAAGAACAGGCCCUGUCUCAUGCAGGCUCCAUGCACAGAGAGAGGCGCAAGUUCCUCAGAUCAGCUCUGAAAGAGCUGGCCACUGUUUUAGCUGACCAACCUGGACUGCUUGGUCCAAAGGCGCUGUUUGUGUUCAUGGCGCUGUCAUUCGCCCGUGAUGAGAUCAUCUGGCUGCUUCGACAUGCAGACAACAUCCAGAAGAAAAGCACAGAUGAUUUCAUAGACAAACACAUAGCUGAGCUGAUCUUCUACAUGGAGGAGCUCAGAGCUCAUGUCAGGAAGUAUGGGCCUGUGAUGCAGCGAUACUACGUCCAGUACCUGUCUGGGUUUGAUGCUGUGGUGCUGAAUGAACUGGUUCAGAACCUGUCUGUGUGUCCAGAGGAUGAAUCUAUAAUCAUGUCUUCAUUUGUCAACACCAUGACUUCUCUCAGUGUUAAACAAGUGGAGGAUGGAGAAGUGUUUGACUUCAGAGGCAUGAGACUGGAUUGGUUCAGACUGCAGGCCUACACAAGUGUCUCUAAAGCCAGUCUCGGCUUAGCCGAUCACAAAGAGCUCGGUAAAAUGAUGAACACCAUCAUCUUCCACACAAAGAUGGUGGACUCUCUGGUGGAGAUGCUUGUGGAGACAUCAGACCUGUCUAUUUUCUGCUUCUACAGCCGUGCAUUUGAGAAGAUGUUUCAGCAGUGCUUGGAGCUUCCCUCCCAGAGCCGCCACUCAGUCUGUUUCCCUCUGCUUUGUACACACUUCAUGUCCUGUACACAUGAGCUCUGUCCUGAGGAGCGUCACCACAUAGGGGAUCGAAGCCUGUCGUUGUGCAACAUGUUUUUGGACGAAAUGGCCAAACAGGCCAGAAACCUGAUCACUGACAUCUGCACCGAGCAGUGUACACUUAGUGACCAGCUGCUUCCCAAGCACUGCGCAAAAACCAUCAGCCAAGCUGUGAACAAGAAGAGCAAGAAGGCAACGGGGAAGAAAGGCGAGCCGGAGAGGGAGAAACCAGGCGUGGAGAGCAUGAGGAAGAACAGACUGCUGGUCACCAAUCUGGAUAAACUCCACACCGCCUUAUCUGAACUCUGCUUCUCCAUCAACUACGUCCCCAACCUGAUUGUGUGGGAGCACACUUUCACACCGAGGGAGUACCUCACCUCGCACCUGGAGAUCCGAUUUACCAAGUCCAUAGUGGGGAUGACCAUGUACAACCAGGCUACUCAGGAGAUAGCCAAGCCCAGCGAGCUGCUGACGAGCGUCCGAGCAUACAUGACCGUGCUGCAGUCCAUAGAGAACUACGUCACCAUCGACAUCACACGAGUUUUCAACAACGUCCUCCUGCAGCAGACGCAGCACCUGGACAGCCACGGAGAGCCCACCAUCACCAGUUUAUACACAAACUGGUACUUGGAAACGUUGCUCCGCCAGGUCAGUAACGGACACAUCGCCUACUUCCCCGCCAUGAAGGCUUUCGUCAACCUGCCCACUGAGAACGAACUAACUUUCAAUGCUGAAGAAUACUCUGAUAUCUCUGAGAUGCGUUCCCUGUCAGAGCUCUUGGGCCCGUAUGGUAUGAAGUUUCUUAGUGAGAGCCUGAUGUGGCACAUCUCAUCUCAGGUUGCUGAGCUGAAGAAACUGGUGGUAGAAAACAUGGAGGUGUUGACCCAGAUGAGGACGAGCUUUGACAAACCAGACCACAUGGCUGCGCUCUUCAAGAAACUCACCUCUGUGGACAGUGUUUUGAAGAGAAUGACCAUCAUUGGGGUCAUUUUGUCCUUCCGCUCGCUCGCUCAGGAGGCUCUGAGAGACGUUUUGUCCUGUCACAUUCCUUUCCUGGUCAGCUCAGUGGAGGAUUUCAAGGACCACAUUCCCCGAGAGACGGACAUGAAGGUGGCCAUGAACGUUUACGAGCUGUCCUCAGCAGCAGGUUUACCCUGUGAGAUCGACCCAGCUCUGGUGGUGGCUCUGUCCUCUCAAAAGAGCGAGAACAUCAGCCCAGAGGAGGAGUAUAAGAUCGCCUGUCUGCUGAUGGUCUUUGUGGCAGUUUCGUUGCCAACACUUGCCAGCAACGUGAUGUCGCAGUACAGCCCAGCCAUCGAAGGCCACUGUAACAACAUCCACUGCCUGGCCAAAGCAAUCAACCAGAUCGCUGCUGCUCUCUUCACCAUCCACAAGGGAAGCAUAGAGGACCGCCUCAAAGAGUUCCUGGCUCUGGCCUCAUCCAGCCUGCUGAAGAUCGGUCAGGAAACGGACAAGAUGACGACACGUAACAGAGAAUCUGUCUACCUGCUGCUGGACAUGAUUGUGCAGGAGUCUCCCUUCCUCACCAUGGACCUGCUGGAGUCCUGUUUCCCUUACGUCCUGUUGCGAAACGCCUACCACGCCGUCUACAAACAGAGCAUCAGCGCUAAUGCAUAGACACACACAGACACUAACCACACAAAGGCAUACCUUAUAGUCUGCUAUUGAAUGGGGGUACAGACAAAACAAAUACACACUACCAGAGUACACUAAAUCCAAACUAAACACACUAAUCUAUGCCUACAAAGCCUCAGCGUGUUCGGACAAAAAAGCAACACUGUCGGCAUUUAACACUAAACGCGUAGCAUUGAAAACAAAUCCACUAAAAAUAUAAGAAGAGCGUAUGAAACACAAGUGCUCAAAUUAAAAAGAGGAGGGAAAAAACACAACAUAUGAACAGAAACACGAGCUGGAUGAAGUUGGGGGAUCAGUGUCUUUAUUUUAAUCGUACCGUUUCCAUGAUGUUGCCAGGGACCACGACCAUAGCAACACAAAAAAUACAUAAUGUUUGGUUGGUAUAAAGAACAAAAGUAUAAAUAUAUAGUAUAUAUAUAUAUAGUUGACACUAAAAUAUUUUUUUU